CGGGCUGGCGACAGCUUCAUGACUACGCGGAGCGGGACAGCGGCCACACCAUGCGAGCACAAAUUGAAGUGAUACCAUGCAAAAUUUGUGGCGAUAAGUCCUCCGGGAUCCACUACGGAGUCAUCACGUGUGAAGGCUGCAAGGGUUUCUUUAGGAGGAGCCAGCAGAACAAUGCCUCUUACUCCUGCCCAAGGCAGAGAAACUGUUUAAUUGACAGAACCAACAGAAACCGUUGCCAACACUGCCGACUACAGAAGUGUCUUGCCCUAGGAAUGUCGAGAGAUGCUGUGAAAUUUGGGAGGAUGUCUAAGAAGCAAAGGGACAGCCUGUAUGCUGAGGUGCAGAAGCACCAGCAGCGGCUGCAGGAGCAGCGGCAGCAGCAGAGUGGGGAGGCGGAGGCCCUGGCCAGGGUGUACAGCAGCAGCAUCAGCAACGGCCUGAGCAGCCUGAACAACGAAACCAGCGGCACUUAUGCCAAUGGGCACGUCAUUGACCUGCCCAAGUCCGAGGGGUAUUACAAUGUAGAUUCUGGCCAGCCAUCCCCUGAUCAGUCAGGACUUGACAUGACUGGAAUCAAACAAAUAAAGCAAGAACCCAUCUAUGACCUCACAUCUGUACCCAACUUGUUUACCUAUAGCUCCUUCAACAAUGGACAGUUAGCUCCAGGAAUAACCAUGACUGAAAUUGAUCGAAUUGCACAGAACAUCAUCAAGUCCCACUUGGAGACGUGUCAGUACACCAUGGAAGAGCUGCACCAGCUGGCGUGGCAGACUCAUACCUAUGAAGAAAUUAAAGCGUAUCAAAGCAAGUCCAGGGAAGCCCUGUGGCAGCAGUGUGCCAUCCAGAUCACGCACGCCAUCCAGUACGUGGUGGAGUUUGCAAAGCGGAUAACAGGCUUCAUGGAGCUCUGUCAAAAUGAUCAAAUUCUACUUCUGAAAUCAGGUUGCUUGGAAGUAGUUUUGGUGAGAAUGUGCCGUGCCUUCAAUCCAUUAAACAACACUGUUCUGUUUGAAGGAAAAUAUGGAGGAAUGCAGAUGUUCAAAGCCUUAGGUUCUGAUGACCUAGUGAAUGAAGCAUUUGACUUUGCAAAGAAUUUGUGUUCCUUGCAGCUGACUGAGGAGGAAAUUGCUUUGUUCUCAUCUGCUGUUCUGAUAUCUCCAGACCGAGCUUGGCUGAUAGAACCACGGAAGGUCCAGAAGCUUCAGGAAAAAAUUUAUUUUGCACUUCAACAUGUGAUUCAGAAGAAUCACCUGGAUGAUGAGAUCUUGGCAAAGUUAAUAGCCAAGAUACCAACCAUCACUGCAGUCUGCAACUUGCACGGGGAGAAGCUUCAGGUAUUUAAGCAAUCUCAUCCAGACAUAGUGAAUACACUGUUUCCUCCGUUAUACAAGGAGCUCUUUAACCCUGACUGUGCCACCGUCUGCAAAUGAAGGAGACCAGAGAACUGUCUCAUAGUCAAGGAAUGCAUCACCAUUAAGACAAAAGCAAUGUGUUCAUGGAGA